AUUAGAUUCCAGUUUUCUUUUCUCAAUAGAAUCACCCUCUACCAAUUGCCAUUAAACAUAUUUCUCUCUCUCUUUCCACAUCCUAUAUAGUUGAAGAAGAAAAAGAAGUAAAAAGUCUGUAGAAAAAUUUGAUCAAACAUGUCGGAACCAGCUCCUAAGUCAAAGGAGUCGAUGAUGAUGGAUCUUGAUCUUGAUAUCGAUGCUUCAUGGUCGUUUGAUCAGAUUUUUGCUGCAGUUUCGUCUAAUCCAACGUCUCCUUUCUUGCCUUGUUCUCCUCUUUGGGCUUUUUCUGAUGAUAAUGAUGAAAAAAACGCCGUUAUCAUCAGUCAUCCAAGAUUUGUCGCUUACACUGGUGAUCCCGAGGCUACAACUGAAACUGUCUCUGUCAAUGCUGAUAAAGGACGACUUCCUCAACCAGUUUCGGGACGAACACCUGGAGAUUAUCCAGAUGGGUCUUGUGUAAUCAAGGAGAGGAUGACACAAGCGCUUCGAUACUUAAAGGAAUCCACAGGAGAGCGAGUUUUAGCUCAGGUCUGGGCACCUGUAAAAGACGCUGGUCGGUCUGUACUCACAACUUCAGGGCAACCCUUUGUUCUUGACCCAGAGUGUAAUGGGCUUCAUCAGUAUCGAACGGUUUCUCUGAUGUAUAUGUUUGCUGCGGAUGGAGAGACUGAUGGAGUACUUGGACUUCCGGGCCGUGUCUUCCACCUUAAGUUGCCUGAAUGGACACCAAACGUGCAAUAUUACUCCAGUAAAGAGUUCCCUCGGCUUGAUCAUGCUCUGCAUUACAAUGUUCGAGGAACUUUAGCGCUGCCUGUAUUUGAACCAUCUGGACAAUCUUGUGUUGGUGUACUGGAGCUCAUAAUGACCUCCCAAAAGAUCAACUAUGCUGCUGAGGUGGAUAAAGUAUGCAAAGCACUGGAGGCUGUAAAUUUGAAAAGUUCAGAGAUAUUGGACCACCCAAACACUCAGGUCUAUGUGAUGGGGUAUGUGAACCAGAUUUGCAAUGAAGGCCGACAAAAUGCAUUGGUUGACAUUUUGGAGAUACUAACUGCUGUAUGUGAAGCAUACAAACUGCCUCUGGCUCAGACAUGGGUCCCAUGCAGGCAUCGUAGUGUUCUGGCUGAUGGUGGUGGAUUGAAAAAGAGCUGCAGUAGUUUUGAUGGAAGCUGCAUGGGACAGAUCUGUAUGUCCACAACAGACGUUGCAUUUUAUGUGGUUGAUGCACACAUGUGGGGUUUCCGUGAUGCCUGCGCGGAGCAUCAUUUACAAAGGGGACAAGGGGUUGCUGGAAGAGCAUACGCUUCACAAAAGUCAUGCUAUUGUGAAGAUAUCACACAAUUCUGCAAAACUGAGUACCCCUUGGUACAUUAUGCACGCUUGUUUGGGUUGACCAGUUGUUUUGCCAUCUGCUUACGGAGCAGUCACACUGGCAAUGAUGAUUAUAUUCUGGAAUUUUUUCUUCCACCGAAUUCUGGGGAUUACAGUAACCAGCAGGCUUUGCUUAACUCACUCUUAUUGACAAUGAAGCAGCACUGCAGGAGUCUCAGCAUUGCUUCCGGAGGGGAACUUGACUAUGACUGGAGCUCAGUUGCGAUUAUUAAGGCUUCUAUGGAAGAGAAAAUUGACGCAAAGCCUGAAUCUGUACCAAUAUCCAAAUCUCUUCCUCACCCGAACAGUUUACCAAAUGGAUGGAUGCAUCCUGAUCUAUUGAGGGAGCAGCAGUUGGCAGUGGGAACCGAUGUUGCAAAAGGUGCAGGUGAAGCCCAUAACAUGCAUGUAUCUAACUCUGACAAUAAAGCGACUGGAAAGAAAUCAGAGAGAAAACGUGGAAAAGCUGAGAAAACAAUAAGUUUAGAGGUUUUGCAACAGUAUUUUGCUGGAAGUCUUAAGGAUGCUGCAAAGAGUCUUGGUGUUUGCCCUACCACAAUGAAACGCAUAUGUAGGCAGCAUGGGAUCUCUAGAUGGCCAUCUCGCAAGAUAAAUAAGGUUAACCGUUCCCUUUCAAAGCUAAAGUGUGUAAUUGAAUCCGUUCAAGGAGCUGAAGGCGCAUUUACUUUGACUUCACUGGCACCAAAUUCACUUCCUGCUGCUGUUAGUUCUAUUUCUUGGCCUGCUGGUGCAAAUGGUUCCAAUCUACCAAGUUCACCAUCGUCUAAACCUUCCGUAUUUCCUGAGAAGAAUGAUUCCUCCAACCAUGGAACGCCAGAAAGUCGUGAAGAAGCUGAACCCUCAAAUCAAUCGCCUACGUCCCAUGGUUCAUGCCAAGGCAGUCCUUCCACUGGAAAUGAAUUGUCCCCUCAGAAUGAGCUGGUUCAUUCACCACCUCGUGAGUCGUGCAUGAAAGUGGGGCCCUCUCUGGAAGCAGCUCGUCAGACAACCACAGAAAUCAACUUAUCUUCUACAUUCCUAGUCGAGGAUGCAGGAAGCUCUCACGAUCUGAAAAAUCUUUGUCCACCUGGAGACGGUCUGGUUGAUGAACGGAUCCUAUUUUCUGAUGCGAUUGCCAAGGACCCUGUUUAUGUUCCCGCUGACAUUAUGCAACAGUAUUCUGCCUGGCCUGAGGUGAUAUCCAUUACAAUAAAAGCAACAUAUAAGGAAGAUAUCAUAAGAUUUCGGCUUUGUUUAGAUUCUGGUAUCGUUAAGUUAAAGGAAGAAGUAGCAAAGAGGCUUAAGUUAGAGCUGGGCACUUUCGAUAUCAAGUAUCUAGACGAUGAUCUUGAGUUAGUUUCAAUUUCUUGUGAUGCAGAUUUGCAGGAAUGUGUCGAAAUCUCAAGAUCAUCGGGCAGCAGUAUUGUGAGAUUGGUAGUUCAUGAUAUUAUGUCCAACCUAGGGAGCUCCUGUGAGAGUUCAGGUAAAGGAUAAUGAAUUAGGUUGUAAAUACAUAAUACUAGUCAAGUUAUUCUUGUAAUACUAGGAUCUUGUCCACUGUAUGUGUAGAUUUUGAUUGACAGGUUCUCUGUAAUUGUAACAAAAUUUUCAAUUGUAUCAAGCCUCUGAGGAAAUUAAUUGUGGUUUUCUUGUUUC